GGAACUUGGUCCAUCGGACACUGUGGCAUGCUAGAGACAGUGCCGGUCUUUUGUCUCUUACCACCAGGUCCUUAAGGAACGAUACUUCGAUUUAUUUUCCGACUCUCUUGGGUGCUUGAGAAGAACUGUCCCCAUGCUACUAACGCUGAUGAUUCUGGGCCUUGCUGCCCUCAUUGGUACUUCUGAGAGUCAGACUGGAUGCUAUGGUGUCAUAAAGAAGGUUGAUACCACUGGGGCUUCCUGUAGAACUGCAAAAGCAGAACGCUUACCCUACUGUGGAGUUCGUGCUUCAACAACGAUUGCACUGAGAGACUUGCGUGCUAUGAACAAUUAUAAAACCAUCAUUAAGAGCGCUGGAAGAAAAAAAUGUGUGGAUCCAGCUGUGAUUGCUGGUAUCAUCUCUCGAGAGUCGCAUGCUGGAAAGGCCCUAAAGGAUGGCUGGGGUGACGGUGGAAAUGGAUUUGGUUUGAUGCAGGUUGAUAAACGCUACCAUAAAUUGGUUGGACGAUGGAAUAGUGAGGCACAUGUCCUUCAGGGGACAGGCAUCCUUGUUAAUAUGAUUAAGGGAAUCCGGAAAAAGUUCCCCAGAUGGACAAAGGAACAACAACUGAAAGGAGGGAUUUCUGCCUACAAUGCAGGACUAAGAAAUGUCCAGUCCUAUGAUAAAAUGGAUAUUGGCACAACCGGCAAUGACUAUGCCAAUGAUGUCGUUGCACGAGCCAAGUAUUAUAAGAGAAACGGAUACUGAAUUUGGGAGUUCUCUCCUUUUCAAAUACAAUGUGGCUCUUACAAUAAUUAGUGAGGUGUUCAGAAGAGACACUGCAUAUCUGGGAAAUUAGAAGCUGGAACCUGCAAAA